CACACAACGUCCACGCACGCACCGCCGAGAAGCCAAACGCCACCCACCCACUCAGCUGGAGACGCACACAACAUCUACGAACAACAACAGUACAUGGCACAAGCACAAACAGAGCAUGUGCGCACACAGACACAGCCGAAUACACACAAACACACACAGGCACAGAAAUACCAGCAAUCACAGCCAGAGCCACAACAACACUAUCAGUACCAGCAACAGGAACAGCAGCAAUACCCCCCUAUCGUAUUCAAUACGCCACAUCCGCAGACUGGGUAA